AUGGCUCCCUUGGGUUGGGUUGUUGACCCGGGACUCAAGUCUUCGGCAACAAUUUGGACGUUUCCUUGUACGAGAGCAGAACCGAGUCUCCCCAAGGCCCAGUACAACUACGGGUCAAGAGACAUUCUCAGCGCUUCCAUAACGGAGAAUGCCAGAAGUCGCAUCAGUUCUCGGAUGGUGAAUCCAUCCCGCAACAUCCCCAAGGCUAUUCGCUGUUUCCACGUCUGCAUCCUCCUUCCUUUUAUUGGAGGCGCCUUGAUCAUUGGUUUGCUCGCCCCAUCCAACCACCCUAGCCUCGAUUUGACCACCGGUGAUGCCACCGCGUCACCGUUCUAUCCAACCUACUGGCAUCAAGGGAUUGCCGUCCGUGACCAUACUGCUCUCUUCACUUCUGCGUGGUCCACUGCAAGCUCUGACUUGUUCGCUUCUUCUCCAGCACUCUGUGGCCUUUCUCUCGCUGUAAAUGUGCCCAAGGUCUUUUCCAAUGUCUCAAGUGGCAAGGGUAAAGCGCUGAACUGGUUCGCGAAUAUGACUGCUGUCGCUGGACUCAUGACUUGGUUUGGCAUUCCUGUCACCUGCAUGCGCUUCUACGUCGGAAUGAAGGCACAGGGAAUUGACCGUUGCCCACUUCAUUUUUCGUCCGGCCUUCAUCCGUUUGUUGCGCGGUACGCUAUGAUUUUCCGUUUCUUGAUCUGCUUUUGGGUUAUCUUCCCCUUUCCUUCGCACAUCACUACUAUCCGUCAGUCAUGGCUCACUCGACCUGCCAGUUCUGUUCGAGUCUUAAUGCCCCAAACCAUCCGGUACCGCGCAGUUGCGCGCCCGAUCCCCCAGCGCCCGUAUCUAGAGCCAGACGACAGCCUCUAUCGAUGGGUCUCGCGACAAUCGGAGCACCGAAGCUCAAGUACCACUUUUAUGCUCUCCUGA